AUGGAAGAACAUGUACCUCAAGACGAGUCGGGAUCGGCCUCGUCGGACACCUCAGAGAGCAUCCUCGAGAAGCUCUUCACACCAAGAUUAAAGCUCUUUGACACUUCCCAUCCAGCCUUCAAGUCCGCAUUCCUGGUGCUGUGUGAUCAGGUGUGGUUCUAUAGCGCCUGUAGCUUUGCCUCUUCGAUCUUUUUCCCCCUCAGACUGGAGGCUGCGCGUUGGAUCCUUGACUCGGUUUUUCAACCGUGGCUACGCUUACCGAUCAUCGGGACGUACUCACUCACUGCUGUCGGUCUUUGGGGUGUUGCCACACGAGAACACGAAUAUAUGAGCGACUUCGACCGUGCUAACUCGAUCAGAAUUCGGCCGGAACUUCGAGAUUUUAUCAUCCUCGUGUCUACAUCCAUCUCAUACAUGUCUGGAAUUGCCUUCGUCAACCGACAUACAAAGCUAUAUUGGAGUGUCUUGGGGAGAGUGAAACUAUUUAUUUCAAGUGCAUACGUACUUCCGAUUGGCAUCACAGCGCUAAGUGUUAUGGUCGUGCCUUCAUGCAGAAGCCUCGCUUCUUCAGCCCUUCAGCAAAUCCAUAGGGUGUUGAACAAACUCUUCAUCCUACCCAUGGUUCUACCGAGACUCUCUGCUCGGCUGCUGGGAAAUUUCCUUACUGCUGCAGAGUAUUGUAGAAGUCAUUUGAGAUUACGGCUGUCACGUCGGAUACUUAGGACCGGGUCUUGUAAGGAAGGGAGUUACGAUUACAAGCCCGUCGACGGAGGUGCAAAUGAGUUCAGAGUCCUAGAGAUUCGGACGGGCUUGUUCGACACUCGCUGCAGCCUACUCAAUGUUCCCCGACUCGUGGGGCCCAUGCCGAUCUAUGAAACAAUUUCAUGGAGAUGGGAUGGACUAGGAAGGCCCUAUGCUCUUGUUGUCGAUGGAAAACUCCUCCCAAUAUCUAAUGCAAUGUCCGACAUACUACGCGCUCUUACACCUUUAUGGGGAGCAAGAUACCUAUGGAUUGAUUCAAUCUGUAUCAACCAGGCGGACAGAGAUGAAAAAGCAACCCAGAUACCCCUCAUGUCACAGAUUUACCGAGGAGCCACCAGAAACAUCGCCUACUUGGGAGAUGCUGAAGAUGCUCAUCUCGUUCCUGAUUUUGUAGGCAGACUUGAGGUCGCAGCCCUACAGCGACUAGACCCGAGUUAUUUCCAGGAGACGGAUCCCCUCGAUCGGUUUCCGUUCCACGAAGAGGUUCAUAACUGGAGAGCAUACCAACAACUGCUUCGUCACCCAUUCUGGUCACGAAUUUGGAUUAUCCAAGAGAUCAUUCUAUCCAGAUCUAUCACGAUGCUUUAUGGCGGUCGCUAUACCGACUGGGAUAUGCUUGCAAGAGUGGCACUGUCUUUCACCAUCAUGAGCGCGACUACUGGCGUUUCAUUUCUUUCUAUGGAUGACAUGUUCGGGGGCGACCGUCUCUCAUGCCUCCAUGGAAGGAUGAACCUCAGUUUUCUAGCAAUUACACGCGCUGCCUAUUCAGAAAACAACAUGGUCUCACUCCCUCAGGUUCUGUUGGAGACGCGAGGCUCAGGUGCGACGGACAGCCGAGAUCGCAUCUACGCACUCGAGGCGCUCGACCCUCUGUACCAAGUACCGGAGUUGAAGCCAGACUACACCAUCAGCCCACGGCAACUAUACACCAGGGUUGCGAGACAUAUCCUGUCAAGUGGGUCUUUUUCUCUCUUCGGCCUGGCCGGACUCGCUCAUGCGCCCUCAAUGGAGCUCCCUUCUUGGGUUCCUGAUUUUACAACUAUGCCGAAAAUGCAUACCAUGCAUGACAUUCAGUGCAAAUACACUGUUUCUAGUGAUACGAUUGUGGUGCUCGACACUACACAGGAACAGGAAGAUACCAUCACACUAAAAGGUUUUAUUCUGGACCGUAUCUUUGAAAUAGAUCGGAACAAUUACUGGUCCGCCAUUCUGUCGUCACCUGAAGACAUCAGAGAAGAAGCAAUCCAGAAAAUUAUGUCUGACAAGGAAGGGACUGAUCUUAAACCGGGCCUGCGCAGGUGGCUUCAAGCAGUCAUUCAGAUGGUCGAGAACAGAUUUCCCAACGUCCUGAUUCAGGGCUACCACUGGACCGACGAGCCACUUUUGGAAGCCAUCUUGCGGACCAUGAUUGGAAAUGAGGAUCAGACCUCGUUUCCUGCCUCAAGAGAGGCUAUUGAGUUCUUAACAAAGUAUGGAUGUUCGCUCGAUCCCGGUCUCGCAUCGAUGGAAGGUGGCAUAAGCGGUGAUCUGACAGCUGAAGACAAUAUGAGUGCCAUCAAUGCUGGCAAUCUCUGGGUGCGAAAGGCAGCAGGAAGACAAUUUGCUAUCACUCAAUCAGGGUACAUGGCCUUGGUGCCUGACUUUGCCAAGGUUAGUGACGCCAUCUGCGUCUUUCUGGGAGCAAAAGUUCCCUAUGUCAUCCGCGAGUCGAGCGAGGAAGGGAAAAGCUGGAAGCUUGUUGGAGAGACAUACGUGCAUGGUGUUAUGGAUGGAGUAAGCAUGCUGGGUCGAAUAAAGGAUCCAAGUAAAACUGAGUGGGUCACACUCUGCUGA